CAUCCAUAAAUUAUAGUUACGCAAAUGUGAUACGCCACGGAUCAUGGAAGUACGGCUUUCGCCAUGACGAUGAGGAAGCUGUUUUACUGUUUUUCGUAAACUAGCUUGAAAGACGGUCAGGCUGUGGCAUUAGCAGUCUUACUGAGCGACGGGGAACAGACAUUAGAGAAUAUUUCUGGUGACCGCGUCAUCCGCUAUUACGGCCGUACCAUGCAGAACUUUGAUGAUCUCGAUAUAGAGGGACGUAAUCCUUCUCAUGUAUCAGAAGAGGCUAAAGAAAAGGAAGAAUAUGAUCGGAAGCGUAUAAUGCGAUGCAGCGUUACCGCCGAAGACGGCGCACUCAGACCCGUUUACUCCGAGACUGAAGAUGGUGAUAUAUGGUGUCAUAUCUGUAACGUUGCUUUAUUCGGGGCCCAUAAAUUGAUAAGUCAUAAUUUGUGUAAUCGUCACAAAAUGAAACUGGACGAGUGGCCAUAUCCGGUUAUGCUAUGGUCCAAACGACCGGAUGUGGCCAAGACGAUCGCGCCAGUGCAAUCUACCGCUACCGAUACCCUGGCACCUGGUGAGCCAGUACCACCUGGUAUGGAAGAUCAAAUAACGCGGAGCACAUCGAUACAGAUGAGUUUAGAUCGUCAUCAAAGCUCGCCACUCGUCGGUCUCGAGUACCUAUUGGAGUUGGUGGACAACGACUCCUGUGAACCGAGUUACACGUGUGUUUUGUGCGACAAGCGUGGCGAUCCACGUACAGUAAUGGCUCACAUUACCAGUUACAAUCACCGAAUCACGUAUCUGAAUAGACACUUUUCAACUAUAUCGCGAGCAAUUGCGGAGUUACCGCGUACCCCUAACUAUAAGCGCGGGGCCAAUGAAAUUUCGGUGUUAGUGGCGAAAAAAAUCGAAGAAAAGUUUGGAAGAAUGAAGCCGCAAAUGGUAGACAAAUCUCAGUUUGAAAAGAAUAAGAUGCAAUAUAUCAAGAGGGUAUAUCAGGAUGUUCAUUUUAAGGAAACAUCAGAGUGUACAUUUAUGGACGUUUAUGAUGUGCGAUGGGUAACAAAUUUUGAUGAAAAAAUGGCAGAAAUGAAUGGUAAUAAUUUAAAAAAGAAAGAUUCUCCUGACAAAAAGAUUGACGAUAAAAAUAAAAAAGAAGAGAAGAAAAAGGAAAAAGUAGAAGCUAAAAAAUUAGAAUCUAAAGGAGAAGUUUCGAAAUCGGGUUUCAAAAUGCGUAUAGUCAAUAAGGACAAAAUGAAUCUUCGUAAAACCUCACCGAAACCUGAGGAGGAGGAUUCAAAAGAUUCACUAAAACGACCCUCUGAUGACACCAAGUCGCUUUCAUCACUUUCGAGCAUAUCUAGCAGUCCGUCACCAUCCCGUUCAAGAUCGCGCUCACCAAAUCGAAAUAAAAGAAAUUCCAUCGAGAGAAACACAGGAAAGUAUCGUAGUAACUUGCGACAGUCACGCGAACGUAUCCGCGGCCGAUCGCGAUCACGAUCGCGAUCGCGGUCUUUACAGCCUCUUAGGGAACGCGACAAGUGGGACAAAUAUCGCGAACAAAUUAGACGCGCCGAAGAAACACUAGAUCGUGCUUUAAAGUUUCACGAGAAGAAUCCUGAAAAACAUCCGUCUUAUCCAGAUGAAUGGAAAAAAUUCUGGAACAGACGGUACAAGGAGCUCCAAGCUGAAGGUAACGAUCCAAGCAAGCAUGACUUCAAGCCAGAAUGGAUUGAGUUUUGGAACAAGCGGAUGCGCGAGAUCCACAAUGAGCAGCUUCAGCAGCGAAAAGAAGAGAUUAAAAAGAGAUUGGAAUUACCUGAAGACAAACCGCCAGAGAAGUGGAUUCCACCGAGGCGAGAGCGAGAGCGAGAGCGAGAUCGAGAGCGGGAGCGAGAGCGAGAACGAGAGCGAGAACGAGACAGAGACCGAGAACGAGAAAAAGAGCGGGAACGUUCACCUACAAAGCGCGGUAAGCAUACCAUAGAAAGUGACGAUGAAGUAGAGUACGUUGGUACGAAAACGGUGGUCAAGCCUGAUUAUUACGAACGCCAUGAAACCAGGGACCGAGAUUACGCGUAUCCUACGUAUCCACGUGGAAGAGGAUAUAACCAUUAUCCAUCGCGCAGGCAGAUAUAUUACGCAACGCCAUAUCCUAUAAAAGAUGACUCGACCACUCAGUCGUCUAUCCCGGAAGAAGUAUUAACGGAAGAUCUUGAAGUAGUCGGUUUAUUGCGGUUACUCACAGCGCUUGAAGGACAGUUAGGUUCUCUUGGGCCUAAAAUAGUAUCGCUUUUGUCGAAAGCCUUAGCGGCUGAGAAAGCAAAGCCAAAUUCCGCUGAAGAACUGCUGUAUGAUGAAGAAGUGAGCGUCCUAUUCGAAACCGUCAAAGAAAAACUCAAGGGUCAACUGUUCGCGGGCAUGGUAGAGAAAAUGGCGAUUACGGCAACUAAAACGGCUAUACAGAAUAUCGCUAAGUUGCUGCACAAAGCUUCUGAGAGUAAGAAGAAACUAGAAGAGAAGAAAAAGAAAGAACGAGAAAUUUUGGAAGCAUCUAAACCCAUAACAAGUUACAUGAAUCGAACCACAUAUUCAAGAACAGAGAUAGCUGCUCCGGCCAUUAAAUCUGAACCAGUGAGCGUACCAGGUGUCGGCACAGUUGAUAAAGUUGCUAUUGCUCAACAGAUUGCCGCGGCUCUCGUCGCGCAAGGCAGAUCAAAUGUCUCGCAGGAAGAACUAGAAACUCUGAUUAACGCUGUAGUUGGCAUGGCAGAGGCAUCAAAACACUCCGAUAAACCGGUCACCACUGCUGAUUUUGUCAAAGGUCUAACGAAUAGCGGCACUACCACUCCUCAAGUAACAGAGCCUGCCAAAACGGCGACCGUUCCUCCAGUUGAACCUACUCGAUCUCAGGCUUCGAAAACAGAAUCGGAAAAUUUGUCGGAUAUCGAUUUGAAAACGAAGUUGCAAAAAUUUAAGGAUCUGAGCACAGAGGAACAACACAGUCUCAUAAAUUCUCUCAAGAAGCUUGAAGCGAGCGAUCCGACGAGGGUGGAGAAGUUGAGACACUUCGUUAAUCUCGGCAUGACGUCAUCGCCAAAGUCAUUAUUGAUAACAGGAAAUAUAAAAUCACCAAGUUUGGAGAUCGAAGCGUCCAUUGGUAAAGGUAAAAAGAGUACUUCCCCGUUUUCCUCUCGUAAAGGAAAUCAGAAUCCAACAGACGAUGAAGAUAAGUGGAAACCUAAAUUGGACAUGUUUGCGAAUGACGAAGACGAAGAACAACAAACGAAAAAAGAUAGUGAGGAUAAAACUAAGAUCAAGACGAUAGAUUUGUCCGAUGAUGACGACGACUAUACGUACGAAGAUAUCUACAAAGCAGCAAACAAGAAUGUGAGCGAGAACGAAAAAGCGAAGAAGUCGCGUACUUUCUCGCCGAAAUCAUGGUCUCGAUCGCGAUCGCGGUCACGAUCAAGAUCGAAAUUGAGAUCGCGAUCAAACUCGCCAAUAUCAAAAUCAAAGGAAACUACGAAAACGAAUGAUCCCAACGCGAUACUAAAUGAAACUAAACGUUUGAUUGCAAACAUUAUGUGUGACCUGCCGAACAAAUACGUUCCGAAAUCGCUAAGUUUAAGCGAAAAAAAAAUCGAGUCUCUAACAAGUUCCAAUGAGCCAGGACCGCCUGGUGCAAUGCCUUUUUACAAUCAAAAUUUUCUUUCAAAUAACAAUCAGUCGCGGUCGCAAGAACAGCCGAUGACCUAUCCCAACUUGUCGAAUCAACAAUUCUCGAAUUAUCCAACACAGCCACAAAUGUUCUCUAAUAAUCCCGGAUAUAUGGAUAAUAGUUAUAAUUAUCAAGGUUAUGGAAAUCCAAUUAAUUCAGUUAAUCAAGGUCAAUUUGGAGGACCGCCAAAUCAGUACCCUCAGCAAACGUACGGUUCUUACGGUGCACCACAAACUGCGCCUCCGUCGAACUAUGUUCAACAAUCUCCGUCGCAGCAAUACGAUCCUUACAUGCAACAACAGCGGUUUUAUUGAACGAAAUGUGCUAUCGCUUCGUCAAUAACUUCAAUGAACAUUCACGCGGGGCAUCAGGUCUGCAUUAGGUCAGUAUGAACUCGAACGAAGUCCCGAAGCCCCGUCUCUUUCCGUGCAGAGAUGCUAAGAUGUCUAUAUAAGUUCUGCACUCGUUUUUACUCGCGCUUCAUAUAUUUUUUACGAAUGAAAUGAAUCAGAUUCUAUUUCAUAAUUAGUUAAUAAUAGAUGCACAGCACUUUCGUUUCAGUUUGCUCCCAUAACGUUGAUCAGAAAAAGUUGUACUUACAAAAUUGUGAUUAUAGAUGUUCCAUCCUAUCAUCCGUGUAUCUCUACAUUUAAUUUUAUUUAUUUAUAUAAAUCUAACAUCUAUAUAUCCACACAUCAAAAUUCCAGAGUAAAAAAAAUCACAUUGUUAUAUUGCCAUUUUUUAAUGAGAUAGAAUCUCGUUUCGAGAGUAUGACUCGCAAGAAUGUAUCAAUUGUAUGUUAGGUAAUAAUGUUUGAAAAACUUUUUUAUUUGUUGAGCGCAUUUUCAUCCACAACUCGCAUUACGUUUUCGCGUGAGUUUUCAUAUAUCACCGCUGCGCGGGUGCGUGUCAGUGAGUCUUAUUAAACUGUGUAUAUUGACCGAAUGUACGUCGUGUUUGAGUGAGUUGUAUAUGCACGAAGUGAACGUGUCGUUGUUACAUAUAUCGUGCAACUUCGACCAAACGAAAGUAAGUAAAACAAACCGACUAAUCGCCAGAGCGUGUGCAUCAUCACAACAUAGUUUUACUAUAUUUGUAAUAUAUCUAAUAAAAAUCGUGCUUUUGUUGCAUAGAAAUUGCGACAAUAUUUAACAAUAAAAUUGUGUAAAAGGCGCUUUAGGUAGAAAUAUUUUGCACGAUAUUUAGGAUUCAACAUUUACUAUAAUCAAAGUGUAAUUCUUCAAUAAAUAUAUCACAAGAG